AUGAGUAUCACAGACCCGGAACAACUAGUAAACGAAUUCAAGAAGUCCGGCGAGUUUGAUCGUCUCCGACGCGAGUUGCUCACCCAAUUCAAGAACGAUGAAUCAAUAACAACCUUCACUUCCCGCGUACGCGAUAUCAUACUCCAACGACUCGCAGAAGACGAGAGGUUACAGUACCUACCCGCUGAGUCGGUGCAUAGUGAACUCAUGCAGGAUAUGGACCGGUUCCCACUUGUCCAAAGAGCAGUAGCGGACCUAUCAGCUCUCAAAGACCCUUCGUUCAGUGCGAGCAUCCGACAUUCUCUUGCGAGUUUAUUAAGAGACGGGCCUAGUGCAGCCGACAGAAAACCGGAUGGAGUGAAAAAGGAAUCAAACGAAGAUGCCGACAUGGACGAUUCAGACGCUUCCGACUCUGACUCGUCCGAAUCUUCACAUGAAGAGCAUGAAGAGCAUGAAGAGCAUGAAGAGCACGAAGAAGGCGAUGAGCCGGAUGUUGUAGAUGAUAUGCCACAGAACUCUCGUAUCCGCCACCGCGACGCUCCCGCAACAGAGCUCAAAUAUCACACACUUGUUAAUGGCAUCGAGCCAUCGGAAAUGAACGAUAGGUCAAGUUCUGCUUCUCCUGAACCCGAAUCUACUCCUGCUCCUUCACAGGAACAUAAUCCCUGA